AUGAACGGGGCUUUAGGAAACCUCACCACGGCCGCUGAAUUUGUUUUCUUGGGAUUUACGGACCUUCCCGAGGGGCAGGUCUUAUUGUUUGGGCUUUUCCUUCUCAUGCACGUGAUCACUCUGUCUGGACACCUGACCAUCACGUUGAUCACGCUGAUCGAUCCCUGCCUCCAAACUCCCAUGUACUUCUUUCUCCGCAACUUGUCUUCCAUCGAGAUCUGCUACACGCUGGCCAUCAUCCCCAACAUGCUGGCGAACCUCAUCUCGGUCACCAGGGAGAUUUCUUUUGCCGGCUGUGCGAUCCAGAUGUAUUUCUUCGUGGCCUUAGGCACGUCAGAGUGCUUCCUCCUGUCCGUCAUGUCUUACGAUCGCUACACCGCCAUCUGCAACCCCCUGAGGUACUCGGUGAUCAUGAGCCGGCUGUCCUGUCAGAGGCUCCUCCUCGCCGUCGGCACCUCCGGCUUCGUGCUGGCGCUCGGCCUCACCAUCCUGAUCUUCCGGCUCCCUUUCUGCGGCUCCCACGCGAUCAACCACUUCUUCUGUGAUGUCCCCGCCCUGCUCUUCCUGGCCUGCUCCGACACCCGCGUCAACGAGCUCGUGGUGUUUGCCCUCUGCCUCCUCGCCCUCCUCAUCCCCUUCCUGCUGAUCCUGCUCUCCUACGCCUUCAUCGUGGUGGCCAUUUUGAGGAUCCGGUCGGCCGAGGGAAGGAACAAGGCCUUCUCCACGUGCGCCGGUCAUCUCGUGGUCUCCCUCCUGCACAACGGCUGUGCCAUCUUCAUCUACAUCCGGCCCAAGUCCGCUUACGCUCCCGACCAGGACAAGGUGGUGUCCCUGGUCUACACCAAUGUGACCCCGAUGCUCUACCCCAUGAUCUACAGCCUGAGGAACCAGGAGGUGCAGGGAGCCCUCAGGAGAGUCCUGAAGAGGAAAAUAUUUUCUGAGAAAAUAUCUGAGAGGUUCCGGAGUCUCUGGAGGAAGGGAACUCCUCAGAGGUUCUUAAAUACUGAAACUCAGAAAAUAUUUGAAAAUCUCAGAGAAUAUUUUGUUGCAAUGUUUGGGGUUCAGCUCUCGCAGACUAAUUAUCCAGCAUUGGCCAUGGCCGUUGAAGAAAAUCUACCAAGAAACUAA